UUUUUUUAUUGUUUUCCCGUUAUUCUGUGUUAUAUCAAUUUAAUUAUUAGGCCAGCCAAAGUACCUAGAAAAGAAGAAAAAAUUAUUUUGCCCCUACAAUAUCAUUCCCCUCAUCUUUUUUCACAGUCACUGCACAAAACUCCAGAGAAUAAAGGAACUCCUCCAGCACAUUUAGAACCUAAAUAUUUAAUGGCCUGAACUGUAAUUACUUCCAGGAGACCAAAUAAAAGAAUACCAUAUAUACUGUGGACACCGUGAUUAGGAGCAAGUUAGCAAUGGAUACUAGAAGAAAUGUAGCACUCAUUGAAUUUUCUCCUAAUCUACAGGUUGUAACUCCCCGUGUGGACCUAAAAGGAACCACAUACUAAACCUGACAGGCUCAGGGGAGGCCUGCAUGGUAGGCCUUACAAACUCAGCACCAGAAAACCACAUUGAAUAUUCUGAAAUUAAAUUCUACUAACUGAAGGUUUGGACUUAUCUUAUGAUGACACCAGGAACCAGUGAAUCAUGUGAAGCAGGAGAAGCUGCAGGGUUGAGUAUCAGCAUUUCCGGGGACACAUCUGACUGAAGAGAGAUUUCUGAACAGAAAUUUAGAGCAGUCCCAGAGCACACAAGACAGAGCCUCCCUGAUCCCACCUUUUUUUCAGAGAACAAAAGAAAAUGCCGCAGGCUCAGGACAUCACAUCAUUAAACAACAUGGAGUUGUUGCAGGAACCCCUGACGUUUCACGAUGUGGCUGUGGACUUCACCUGGGGGGAAUGGCAGCUCCUGGACUCGGAGCAGAAGAACCUGUACAGGGACGUGAUGUUGGAGAACUACAGCAACCUGGUGUCAGUGGGGUAUCAAGCCAGCAAACCAGAUGCGCUCUCCAAGUUGGAACGAGGACUAGAACCAUGGAAAGUACAGGAUGAGCUCCCCAAUUUAAUCUGUCAAGAAUUCAAGAGAGUUGGUGAUCCUCUAAAUUGUCACUUGCAAAGUCGAAGAAUUCAGAAGAAUGUGGGAAAAUGCUGUGAACAUAUUUUGUUUGCAAAUAUUGUUUAUCAGAGCGAAGUUCAUUUCCUAUUAAAGCAAAAUCAUGAUAUGUUUGAGAUACAUGAAAAACCUUUAAAACUGAAUUUAAAUUUUGAAAACCAAAAUAGAAGUUGUAACUUAUCUAACUCUGAUGAGUUGAAUGGAGAUGGGACAUGCAUUCUGCAUGCUAACAAUAAACAAACUGAAAUUAAACUUCCUGUCAAUAAGCAAAACAUCAAUUCCUCGGUUAAUAAGCAACAGAGAACUCACAACAUAGAGAAAGCCCACAUAUGCCUUGAAUGUGGGAAAGCCUUCAUCAAGAUGUCUCAGCUCACUGAUCAUUGGAGAGUUCAUACUAGGGAGAAACGUUAUGGAUGCAGUCUUUGUGGAAAAGCCUUCACCAGAAAAUCCAAGCUCACUAAACAUCAGAGAAUUCAUACAAGACUGAAACAAUAUGAAUGCACUGAAUGUGAAAAAACCUUCCUCAAGAAAUCACAGUUCAAUAUACAUAAGAAAACUCACAUGGGAGAGAAGCCGUAUACAUGUAGUGAAUGCGGGAAAGUUUUCAUAAAAAAGUGGCAGCUCAUUUAUCAUCAGCAAACUCAUACAGGAGAAAAACCCCAUGGAUGCAGUCUGUGUGGGAAGACCUUCUCUACAAAGUCUUAUCUCACUAAACAUCAGAAAACACAUACAGGAGAGAAACCUUAUAUAUGCAGUGAAUGUGGAAAAGGCUUCAUUGUGAAGUGUCGUCUGAUUGCACAUCAUCGAACUCAUACUGGAGAGAAACCAUUUAUAUGCAAAGAAUGUGGGAAAGGUUUCACUUUGAUGAACAGUCUUACCACGCAUGAGCGAACUCAUACAGGAGAGAAACCCUAUAUAUGUAAUGAGUGUGGAAAAGGCUUCACCAGGAAGAGUCUUCUCAUCAAACACCAGCGAACACAUACAGGCGAGAAACAGUAUGUAUGUAGUGUAUGUGGAAAAGGCUUCACCAUGAAGAGUAAUCUCACUGUACAUCAGCGAACUCAUACUUUAGAGAAACCGUUUAUUUGCAAUGAAUGUGGGAAAGGCUUCACUGGGAAGAGUUAUCUGAUUGUACAUCAACGAACUCACACAGGAGAGAAACCGUAUGUAUGCAGUGAAUGUGGAAAAGGCUUCCCAGGAAAAAUGCAGCUCAUUUUACAUCAACGGACUCAUACAGGAGAGAGACCUUAUAUAUGUAGUGAAUGUGGGAAAGGUUUCAAAGCACACAGUCAUCUCAUCAGACAUCUGCGAACACAUACAAGAGAAAAACCCUUUGUGUGUAGUGUGUGUGGCAAAGGCUUCACUAUGAAGACUAAUCUCACUGUACAUCAGCUAAGCCAUACUUCAGAGAAACCUUAUAUAUGCAAUGAAUGUGGGAAAGGCUUUGCUGUAAAGAGUCGUCUGAUUGUACAUCAGGGAAUACACACAGGAGAGAAGCCCUAUUUGUGCAGUGUAUGUGGAAAAGGUUUCCCAGCAAAGAGCAAGCUGAUUGCACAUCAACGGAUUCAUACAGGAGAGAAACCUUACAUAUGCAAUGAAUGUGGGAAAGGCUUCACAGAGAAAUUUAACCUAAUUAGACAUCAGAGAUUUCACUCAGGAAACAUCUCUUUUUCUUGCACAGAUUGUGGAAAAUUCUCAUUGAGCAAAAAUGAUCUCAUUACCCAUCAGAAAAUUCACACAGGAGAGAAACCCUAUAAGUGUAAAGAAUUUCGGAAUGUAGUCACUACAAAUUCAGGAUUCAAUGUUAAUGAAAGAAAACAUACAGGAGAGAAGCCAGACGGGUGCAGCAGUUGUAGGAAAGCUUUUGUCCACUUGUCAGUCCUUGUUAAACAUAAGAGAAUUUAUAGAUACUUGCUUUGGGAAAGCCUGUUGGGAGUUGUAGGCCCUCAAGAAAAUUGUAUUGCAAUGAAGUAUGACUUAAUGCAAAUAUUCUGGGACUGUGUUUACUGAUCAAUUAUGUCAUGUUUUCUAUCAAUAAAAACAUUUACAAAACAAA